AUGUUUCACGCAUUUGACUUCAAGCCUCUUAGGCGAUAUAAAUCUGGAACGGAUAAAACCUAUAUUGGAUUUCAUCAAACAAAACCUGAGUAUGCUAUAGGUAUUGCUAAAACAGGCUUUCGCAUUAGUAGUACACCGCCACAAAUGCUUGGCUUUGGUGUUUACUUUGCUCGCUCUUUUAAAGAUACAGGUGGCAAAGCACGUUCCAGCGGUGCCUUCAUCUGUGCAGAAGUUAAUAUGAAACGAGUUCGAGUUGUAAACUAUUCCGAGCUCUGCGAGGUGCAAAACACAGAUGCAUGGUGGAAUGAGUACGACACAAUCUACUAUGCUCAUGAACAAGAAAAUCGUGACGAAUUCUGCGUAAAAGAUCCAGCACAAAUAUUGAAUUGGAUCAUCAUAAUUGAUGAUGAUCGACUGCGCCGAUAUGGCCUUGAUACAGACUUUAAUAAUACUUGUUGCAACUGCAUUUAG